ACAAUCAAUUGCGCGGCUUUGUUUACAAUUUCAUCUGUCAGUUUCAAUCUCAAUUCUGAUUAUAUGUGGUAUAUGAGUAAUUCAUUCAAGCCUAAACAGCCGAUAAGCUCAUAAUUCUCAAAAUUCAGGUGAAAUAAUUCUAUGAAAAUAAACAUAUAACAUAUAUAUAAAGAGAGAGAGCGAGAUUAGAAGCGAGAGAGAUAGUGAGUAAGAGAGACGCAUUCAACUUGCAGCUUCAUCCGUUUGAAAGCGCUCAAACCUCCGGCAGUUCGAGUUGCGAUCGCGUUGAUUCAAGACGUUGUUUUGAUAAUUAUUGUACAUACGCGUAAUACGAGUCGAGUCGUUCAUUCUUAUAUAGAGACGCGUGCAGCAUCUAGUAUAUAAAACAAAUCCGACGCUUUCAUUAGUUUCUGCUGCUAUUGUUGCUUUUGUUGUUCGCGCUUUUUGUUUAUAUUUCAUUUCGAAAUUAUGAAAUCAAAAACAUUGCACAAGUCUCUAAUUCUGCUGCUGCUGAUGCUGCUGCUGUUUGUUUUCUUUCCGCCAUCAGCUCGUUGCCAGCCAUUGACGCCGCCGGAUGAGCCAGCGAAGCAACGCCCAUUCAUAUUCAUUAAGCACAAUGCGAGCCCCGAGGAUGCAAAGAACUAUCAGAUAACCAUCGAAAAAGAUCCACAGCCUGGCGAACCGUGUCUCACAAUUAGCUGGAAGACCAAUCCAGAUGGCAGCGGACCCUCCGAUCCUCAGAUUUAUCUGUCGCAUGGUUACUUUAAGAUCGUUACUGCCUCGCAGCCAAAAGUGCAAUAAACAUUUAAUUUAUUUAUUUAACAA